GUUUCAAGGUCAUUUAUAUCUGUUUAUGUUUUCAUAAAUAAGAUGGAUUUUUCUCUUUUCACUGAUGUAUCGUCAAUUUUGUUUAUUGUUUUGUUCGGUCUUAUAACGUAUACAAUAAUUAAGCAAUGCCGUCGUCCGUCUGGAAUGCCUCCCGGACCUCGACUCUGGCCAAUCGCUGGAAACAUGUUGUCCAUUACAGGAAAACAUAAUUUGAUUGAAGCUUUCCGUGAAUUACGACGACAGUACGGUGAUAUAUACAGUUUGAAGCUAGGGUCGAGUUGGAUAGUAGUUAUAAAUGGACAUGAGAAUUUAAAGGAUGCUUUAGUGAAACAGGGUGACAUGUUCAGUGAUAGACCAGACAAUUUUUUUUUCACAAGGCUACUACAACAUCAAGGAAUUAUUGGAUCUAGUGGUCUUUUGUGGAAAGAAAGCAGGUUUUUUACUCAAAAGACACUGAAGGAUUUCGGAUUUGGAAAACGCAGCCUGCAAGACAAAAUCAUGGAAGAGGUGACAAUUCUGUUAAAAACAAUUGAAAACACAAAAGGCGAAACUUUUACAUUGAAACCACUUAUUCAGGGUGUUUUUUCUAACAUUGUAACAUCUAUUAUGUUCAAUCGUCGUUUUGAUUAUGAUGACCCACAAAUGAUGAAAAUCAGAGAUAUGCUACACGAGCAUCUAACAGACUCCGAAUUUUCUGGAAUAUUAGACGCGAUACCAUUUUUGGAAUCAUUUCCGGGAGAUCUUUUCCAUGCUAAACGAUUACUGACCGUCGAAAGAAAAUUAGACGAAUUUAUUCAGAAAUGUCUUGAUGAGCAUAAGCAAACGCUUGAUGAAAAUAAUAUCCUCGAUUAUACUGAUGCUUAUUUAUCUGAAAUGAAGAAGCGACAAAAAGAAAAAGACUCUGUUUUCUCAGAACGACAGCUUGUUAGAAUAUGCCGUGAUAUUUUGCUAGCAGGAACUGACACUACCGCCACUAACAUACGAUGGGCAAUUCUACAUCUUAUUUGCAAACCUGAAAUACAGGAAAGAAUGUUUCUGGAAAUUCAAGAAGUUAUUGGACUAGAACGCCCUCCUGAAAUGAAUGACAGAUUGGAGAUGCCUUAUUGUGACGCCGUUUGCAAUGAAACCAUGCGGGUAUCGAACGUGGCACCAUUGUCUGCUCCAAGGUCUACACGGGGUGAUGUAAAAUUCCAAGGGUAUAGAAUCCCCGCUGAAACAAUUGUCUACCCCUGUUUGGAUUCUGUACUUUUUGAUGAGAAAAUUUAUCCAAACCCUGAAGAGUUUAUACCAGAUAGAUUCUUAGAGGGAUCUAAAAUAUCUACAGCGAUGACCAAGCUGAAUAUACCGUUUUCGCUAGGUAGAAGAAGCUGCCCUGGAGAUGUGUUGUCCAGGCAAGAGUUAUUUUUAACCAUCAUUUCUCUUGUAAGAAGGUUUAAAUUUUUGCCACCUGAUGGAUCAGGACCACCCGCAAAGAAAAGAAUAUUUGGAGUUAUUUUUUUUCCAGCAGAAUACAAACUCCGAGCUAUUUUAAGGAACUGAUAUGUUCGAUUUAUUCUUGGCAAUUGCCUCCCUUUUUACUUUAUGGGACUAUGAUUAUGAUCAUGAUUAUUGCAAAUUUUCAGAAACAAACUGAAACGUCAAAUGUUGCUUCAAGUUGCGCGUAAUUUAAAAAAAAAUACGUGAUUCGUGAUUGACAAAAAAUUAUAUUGAGAAAUAUGCCGCAAAAAGUGGAAAUUUCCUUAUUUUCGAAUUACGUAAUGAAAUGUAGUCAGAGCACGGUAAACACGAUAAAAAUGCACUAUGACAUCUUGAUCAUCCCUUUUCUAUAGAUACAUUUAAACAAUCCAAAUAAUAACAUUUGAGAUUAGCUCUUACCUCUCUUGAAAUAUGUCCGGAACUGUCACGAGGACUGUUCUAGAACAUUCUUAAAGAACAGUUCACCUGACACCUUAAGAAUAGUUUCUAACAGAAGAUGUUUUACCCAUUAACAGUUUCGGACAGUGAUACCCGAUAGAACAAGUUUGGACAGUU